ACUCCCUCCCUUCCCUGUUGGAUGAUGAAUGUAGUGAAACCUGCAGAUCUGUUGGGCUGCAGUGGGGAGAGGAGCAGAGGAACCAACACGAAUCAUGUCAGCAUCCGGGGGACCCCCUCCAAGUAGCAACCGCAAGCUUCAACAGACCCAAGCACAAGUAAAUGAGGUAGUGGAUAUCAUGCGGGUAAAUGUGGACAAGGUUCUGGAUCGAGAUCAGAAGCUGGCAGAGUUGGAUGACCGAGCAGACGCUCUCCAAGCUGGAGCCUCCCAGUUUGAGACCAGUGCAGCCAAACUGAAGCGGAAGUAUUGGUGGAAUAACUGCAAGAUGAUGAUUAUCGUGGGAGUGUUGUGUGCAAUAAUGUUCAUCAUCCUCAUCAUUUAUUUCUGCACCUGACUUUGGUGUUCCUUUCUCUCGUCUUUCCGUUUUUUCCAUGGUUAUGUUGUUCUUGUGUUUUCUCACCACUCCCUGACCUCAGCAGUAUCUUGCAAAGAUUCCAGACAUCUAACAACAGAUUUAACCUGCUGGGACACAGUUAGAUAACCAGAAACAAACCACACAGAAGACUCCUACUGGCUCUAGAAAAUCCCACCCAUCAUGAGUGCUACAUAGGAGGCACCUUGGCACCCGGGACAGAAGCUACAGACAUUCUCACCUAGCUCAUAUAACUUUAAGGCUCUUAUAAUCCAAAGGGUGGACAGAAAAUUCAGCUCCAUUUUUUAGCUAGAUGUUUUGGCUCCAAGACAAGAAGAGAGUGUUGCAGCUUGUUUUGAUAUAAGGAACCCAAUUUAUGUUGGCAACAGAGCUAUAAAUGUGCAGAAUGGGGCUAAAUGGUUCAGACCACAAAAAAGACUUGCUUAGGUGCUGCAACUUCAGUGACUCUGUAGUAUUUGCACUAUGUGGGCACUAUCUGGGCAUAGCUAUAGGGAUUGGGCUCUUGGGUCUAACAAGUUCUUUCACUACAAGGAAUAGAAAAUCUGUAAUAUGAAUGGGCUUUUUUUUAUAAAGAAUGGGUUAGGAGAAAGAAAGAAAAUGUUCUUCAUUAUGGGCAGUUUGGUGGUAUUCGUGGACACCCUUUCACCUGAUGGUCCCAUUGUCCUUUUCUCUCUGUUCUGAAGCAGAUUCAUGGUUGUAAAAUGUGCCAUAAUCCAAAUAAAAUUUGUCUUGUAUGCCUAA